AUGCAUACAUUUGUUCUGUUCUCUGCCAUUCUGGCAGUUGCCUUGUGCGCUCCAGUCGAAGAAUCCUACGUUGAUUUCGCCGAGGAUACUUUGGGCAAUUACAAACUCAGCUACAACACAAAGAACUCGUCAAGAACGGAAGAGAGAUCUCAAGAUGGAAAAGUGGUUGGCAGUUUUACAUUCCUCGAUACCGAUGGCGGUAAACACACCGUAAAUUAUGUCGCUGCUGGUGAAGAAGGCUUCAAUGCUGAAGGCGCCGAUCUACCAGUUGCCGUUCCUGAACCACAAGACGUAAUUCAAUCUCGCUCCGCUCAUCUCGCUCUUGUCGAGCACGAGAAAUCUUUGAAUCCGAAAUCCGUCGUUGAAGAGAAACCAGUUGUGGUGGAAGAAGUUUUGGCUAAAUUAGUGAUUCCUGAAAUUGCAUCGUUACCUGCUGUCGCAGUUCCCGAAGAAGAUGCUGAUUUAGCUGCUGCCAAGAAGGAACUUUUGUCUGCUUAUGCCGCAGCUUUGGAAACCUUAGCCGCUGAGUACAAAAAAAGUGCUUAA